AUGUCAGACUCAAACAUAGAGAAAGUGGCACCAGAAAGCCAACCUUCAGAUGGAGUCGAAAUCCUCGAAAAUGUCAAUGAAGGGGCGAGCAAAGACUUCGAAAAAUCACUGCUUAGAAAGAUAGAUGGACAAUUACUCCCAGCAGUAGGAAUCCUCUAUCUACUGUCCUUUCUCGACCGUUCCAAUGUGGGCAAUGCAAGGCUUGAAGGGCUAGUCGAUGAUAUAGGCAUAACUGGAAAUCAGUAUUUAACCGGUCUCACUGUUUACUUCAUUGGAUACGUUAUUUUUGAGAUACCAUGCAAUAUCAUACUCAAGCGCACUACGCCACAAAUAUGGCUCCCGACCCUGACAUUGGCGUGGGGAGUGGUGGCAACACUUAUGGGUCUGGUACAUAACCUGCCUGGGUUUCUGAUAUCUCGUUUCUUCCUUGGAGUCACCGAAAGUGGCCUAUUUCCAGGAGUUGUCUUUUAUUUCUCGAUGUGGUACCAACGACGAGAACGACAAUUCAGGAUCUCACUGUUCUUCAGCGCAGCCUCACUAGCAGGCGCCUUUGGUGGCAUCUUAGCAUAUGGUAUUGGGCGUAUGAGGGGUGUGGUCUGGGACAAUGGCUGGCGCUGGAUUUUCAUCCUUGAAGGCAUCGCCACCGUUCUCAUCUCCAUUGCUGCGUAUUGGUUUAUUCAAAAUUAUCCCGACACAGCCAAGUUCAUUACAGACGAAGAAAGAAAAUUCAUCCAUUCUCGCCUAGCUGCAGACAGUGAUGCGACACACCAGGAGAAGUUUGAGUGGGCGCAAGUUGUAGAAGCUCUCAAGGAUGUCAAAUGCUGGCUGUAUGGUCUUGGGUUUCACACCAUGAGUCUGCCUCUUUACACAUUUUCACUAUUUUUACCCACCAUUAUCAAGAACCUUGGGUACUCAGCUGCCAUCGCCCAACUUCUCACGAUCCCACCAUACGCAUUUGGCUUUGUUACCACCCUAACGGUUGCUACACUCAGUGAACGUCUCAAUCAGCGCGCCAUUUUCAUUGCGGGUUCUGCCCUCUUUGCCGCGAUCGGAUAUUCUCUUCUCCUCGGAAACGCCGACCCAGUGGCUAAACCAGGUAUCUCCUACGCAGGUACCUUUUUUGCGGCUGGCGGGAUCUAUCCUGCCACAGCCCUGGUUCUGUCCUGGCCUGCUAUAAAUGUAUCAGGACAGACUAAACGUGCAGUGGGAAAUGCAAUGCAGAUUACGAUCGGAAAUCUCGGCGCAGUACUCGGAACCCAGCUUUACAGAGCCAACGAUGGGCCACGAUAUAUUGUUGGUCACUCAUUUGCUCUUGGAUAUCUUCUUGCCAAUGUGGUUGUCUGUACAAUUCUCUGGAAGAUCCUUAAGAGGGAAAACAAAAAGAGAGAGGGUUUAGCGGAAGAGGUCCAAGCGAUUGGGUUGUUGAGCGAUUGGCCUGGAGACUCCGAUCCCCGAUGGAGGUUCCAGUAUUAG